AUGGCAGGAAUCCACAUCCUGCUCGCCCGAGUCCCGUUGAUCUCCGCCACCCACAGAGGCCCUGUGGUAAACUUGGUAGCAUGGAUUGCAGUGGUGACGAUGUGCCUGGCAGUGAUCACUGUUUUGGUCAGCAAGCUUGUGGUCUUGAGGAGACUGGCAUGGAACGACUCAAUCAUUAUUGCGGCAAUGGCACUUUCCAUCGGAUUUACUGUCGCAAUCAACCAGCAAGUCAGCGGAGGACUGGGCUCUGAGAUCUCAACCUUGACAGGCGACCAGUAUGAGAAAUUCCAAAAGGCCGGAUAUGCCUGGAACAUCCUUUACAUCACCAGUCUUUCCUUCGGCAAGGUAUCGACAUUGUCUUUGCUACUCGCGCUGUCACCGAAUAAAUCUUACCGUAUCCCUAUGCUGGCUACGGGUGGCUUGACGGCAGUGUGGGCGGUCGCGUCAGUCAUAGCCAGCGCAUUUCAGUGCUCGCUCCCCCACCCAUACCUCAUUACAACCAACAAAUGCUUCAGCCAGGAAGGCUUUUGGGACGCGGUCGGAAUCAUCGACAUUCUCAUCGACGUGGCACUCAUGGCUAUACCGGUUUGGCUGGUGUACAAUCUCCAACUGCCCUUGAAGAAGAAAAUCGCCGUCUGUUUCGCCUUUUCAUUCCGCAUCCUCGCCAUCGCCUGCACGAUCUGGCGUAUCAGCGAAAUGCACCGGUUCUUUGAUCGCAACGCGGACGUCACGUUUGAGAGCUGGCUGCCCACGAUCGCGACUCUGCUAGAGGUCUUCUUCAGCGUCUUCGCAGCGUGCGUACCGCAUCUCCGGCCGUUCAUGGAAUCCAUCCAGGCAGGCUAUCUCUCUGGCGUGAUCCAGGAAGGAGACGGACGGUUCGGCUACGGCAACGACAGCUACUUGAUGGGCAAGAUGGCCCAGAGCAAGGCCGGAACCUCGGCGAUCCGAAGCCAGGCUCUGAAGAGCGAACUACGGGGUGAGAGCCUCGAUCUCCCGCGCCAGGGAGCCACCAUCGGGCAAAUGAACGACUCGCCUGGUCAUGGGAUCGGGCAAGCUUUGACAAGUACCAAUCGCAUCGUGGUGAACAAAGUCUCCGCGGGGAGGCCGGAGAAGGAAUUCAGUUCCGAGCGGCAUCGCAGCGAAAGCAUCACCUCAGACGGGGGCAGGAGCCAUGGCAGUGACGGGAGCAAGGCCAUGAUCAUCAAGACAACCAAGGAAUGGAGUGUGAGUUAUCAGGACGCUUGA